AUGGAGACGACCAAGCUGCCUCCGACCAGCCCGUCCUCGCCGACGACCAGCUUCUCGGUGCCAUCCGCGGAGAAGGUGGACGGCUUCCCGCGGAGGUCGAUGCGCAGAGCCCGGCAGAGGAGGUCCCACAGCUCGUCCCAGUUCCGCUACCAGAGCUCCCAGGUGGAGCUCACCCCACUGCCCCUGCUCAAAGACGCCCCGGUGGCAGAGUUACACGACCUGUUCUGUAAGAAGCUGCAGCAGUGCUGCGUGCUGUUUGAUUUCCUGGACUGCGUGGCUGACCUGAAGGGGAAGGAGAUCAAACGUGCGGCACUCAACGAGCUGGUGGAGAGCGUGGCCACGAGCAGAGGGGUCCUCAUAGAGCCUUUGUACCCAGAGGCUAUAAAGAUGAUCUCAGUAAAUAUCUUCCGUACUCUCCCACCGAGCGAGAAUCCAGAGUUUGACCCUGAGGAAGAUGAGCCAACACUGGAAGCCUCCUGGCCGCAUCUGCAGCUGGUGUACGAGUUCUUUCUGCGUUUCCUGGAGAGCCCGGACUUCCAGCCCUCCAUGGCCAAACGCUACGUUGACCAGAAGUUUGUCCUGCAGCUCCUGGAGCUGUUUGACAGCGAGGACCCCAGGGAGAGGGAGUACCUGAAGACCAUCCUGCACCGUGUCUAUGGAAAACUACUGGGCCUCCGAGCCUACAUCCGCAAACAGAUCAACAACAUCUUCCUCAGGUUCAUAUAUGAAACUGAGCACUUCAACGGUGUAGCGGAGCUUCUGGAAAUCCUCGGCAGUAUCAUAAAUGGCUUCGCCCUGCCCCUGAAGGCCGAACACAAGCAGUUCCUGGUUCGGGUCCUUAUUCCGCUACACACGGCAAAGUCCCUUUCCAUCUUCCACGCACAGCUGGCCUACUGUGUGGUGCAGUUUAUGGAGAAAGAUGCUACAGUGACUGAAUAUAUCAUCAGAGGGCUGCUCAAGUACUGGCCGAAAACCUGCACGCAGAAAGAGGUGAUGUUCUUAGGGGAGAUUGAGGAGAUCCUGGAUGUGAUCGAGCCGUCUCAGUUCAUCCGGGUCCAGGAGCCGCUGUUCAAACAGAUCGCAGCCUGUAUCUCCAGCCCUCACUUCCAGGUAGCGGAGCGGGCUCUUUACUUCUGGAACAACGAAUACAUCCUCAGUCUGAUAGAAGAGAACUGUCAAGUCAUCCUGCCGCUGGUGUUCGCCACCCUCUACAGAGUCUCUAAGGAGCACUGGAACCAGACCAUUGUGUCUCUGAUCUACAACGUGCUGAAGACCUUCAUGGAGAUGAACAGCAAGUUGUUUGAUGACCUCACUGCAUCCUACAAAGUGGAGAAACAGAAGGAGCUGAAGCGAGACAGGGAGCGUGCAGAUCUCUGGCGAGGCCUGGAGGAGCACCAAGACCGCCGGAUGCAGAUGCUCACUGAGGCGGCCAGGAACCAGCGCAACCUCCAGGAGCGAGGCGAGAGAGGGGACCCACCGACCCCUUCGUCCCCGCAGACGUCUCACUCCGACCAGCCCGAGCUCAAGCCCAGCGGGGCCUCCUCUUCCUCCUCUGGAGGCGGGGAGAGCGCCACCUAG